CAAAGUGAUUAAAUGUGAUGUGUUUAUAAAACUUUUUUUAAUAUACAUCUAUUCAAAAUGAUUAAUAAAGAAAUAGAGUUAAUAAUAGACAAAAUUUGUAGAUGUUGCAUGUGCGAAAACGAAAAUAUGCACAAUGUGUUUGAGGAUAAAAAAGAUUCACAGAGUCCCUCUGUACUUCUCCCAGAGAUGUUGAUGGCUUGUGUGUCUGUAGAGGUCGUAUUUGGCGAUGGAUUACCUUAUAAUGUAUGUGAGACUUGUGUGGGUAAACUAAAUGCUGCAUAUGAAUUUAGACAACAAUGUCAAAAAACGGAUUCUGCUCUUAGAGAGUUGAUAAAUACUGAAUCCAAAGCUGAUAUAGCAAAAGAAGACAUUGUCAUACAACCAGAUGUGCAUGAUGAUAUGUUUGACGAAGAAGAUGAUUUACCACUGAUACAACGUAAACGCAAACGAGGGAGACCAAAGAAAAAACAAGAUGAUAAUUACGCUUGUACAUUUUGUCACAAAAUAUUACAUACAAAGAAAGGAUUACGAGUACAUUUAAGAGCACAUACCGGUGAAAAAAUGAGACACUGCUUAUUUUGUGAUGCAAAAUAUACUCGUACAAACCAUUUAAUUCGUCAUAUUAACACACAUGAUAAGCCUGGUUUAACGCAUCCAUGUGAAAAUUGUGAUAAAACUUUCACUGUUGCAGCUGAACUUUAUAGACAUUCAAGAGAACAUGAAGAAGGAGAGGGAGAGGAUAUUAAACUAGAGGAAGAUGAAAUUAAACCUGAAGUAAAUUUAAACAGUGAAAAUAAUACAACCACCGCUGGAAACCAAAUAGAAGUUAUAGAAGUCGAAGACCAUAAUGAUGUUUUUAAUAAUGAUUUUCCAUUUAGUGAUGAUGAUGAUGCUAAUAUUGAUGACGCAGAUGAUGACUUUCUUACAGCUAUAAAGAAGGGUAAUGAAAAUAAAACCAAGAGGCAGGAAGAGAAAGACAAAACUUUAUAUCAAUGUAAGGAAUGUACAAAGGUUAUGACUACGUACCUAGGAUUAAAAAUUCACAUGAGAAGACACACCGGAGCCGAUUUAUCAUUUUGCAAAUUAUGUAAUAAAUCGUUUACAAAAUUAAGUCACCUAAAUAGGCACAUGCUCACUCAUGGUAUCAUAGAAAAGGACAAGAUAAAAGCAUUUAAGCAUAAUACAGACGCCAAAGGAAAAAGGAUCAUGGAAUGUGAUUUUUGUGAUCGCAAAUUUAAGUAUCGGAAAAGUUUCGUUCAUCAUAUGCAGGUUGAACAUGGCAUGUCGGAUACUGAAAGUGAUUUUGCAAGUGCAGACGUGGGUGUUGACAAACCAAAUCCCGAGUUAACGGACACUGUCAUUAGUGCAAUUCAAGAAGCGGGAUCCAAUGAAGAAAGUCCUGAGCAAAAGCAGGAAAUAAAGAAUGAUGUUGGGCAAGACCAAAUGUUACUUGAAGAGGAAGACGCAGACGGUAUCCCAGACACGGAGAACCUGCUAGUAAAAAGGGUGAGAAGUAGGAACCAAAUAUGCCACGUGUGUGGCGCCUGUUUUGCCCGAGCAAACCACCUCACCAGGCAUAUGACCUUACACCGAGCGAUAUUGAUUCAUCAAUGUGACAGAUGCGAAAAGGCGUUUGCCACAGAAGACUACCUUAAAAAACACGUCGAAGAAGAACAUAUUAAUAAACCGUAUGUCUGUACAGUGUGUAAUAAGCCUUUUAGCAGGGGAGAGCAUUUAAUUAGACACCUGAAAGUGCACCAGUCCAAUCCUGAAAAAGAGACAAAUCUUAAGUGUUCAAUAUGUGAUACUGAGUUUACUAGGUCUGACCAUCUAGCAAGACACACUAAAGUUCAUUUGCUACAGGACAAACGUCACGUAUGUGUCGAAUGUGGCAAGGCUUUUAAUAGACUGGACAACCUAAAGACUCAUCAGAGGAUCCACACCGGGGUCAAGGAUAACUCUAAGUUGCACCUAUGCAUUUAUUGUGGAAAAGAAUUCAAUAAUUCCAGUAACAUGAUUGUGCACAUGCGGAGGCACACGGGUGAGAGACCUUACAAGUGUAAUGAAUGUGGGAAAGGCUUUCCAAGAUCGCACGAUUUGAAGUGUCACGAAAGGACGCAUUCUGGAGAAAAACCAUACUUGUGUACGCUGUGUGGAAAAUCGUUCAACAAAAGUAAUAAACUGCUAAGACAUAGUCGAGUACACACAGGAGAACGGCCGUACGUGUGCAACAUCUGCGGUCGCGCUUUCACACAGUCAAAUGACUUGUCUUUGCACAUGAGGCGUCAUACCGGGGCCCGACCCUAUGCCUGCGGUGUGUGUCCUGCCCGUUUCAUCCAGUCCGGACAACUGAAAACUCACCGUAGGACAACGGGCCACUGGAUGGAAACUCAACCAGACCUGAAAGGAGGGCACAGGGUCGAACCAGUCACGCCAGCCCAUGAACCUAUGCCUAUAAGAUUUAAAUCUCACGGAAAGAUGAAAAAAGAGAAAGAAGUCGUGGAAACUCAGGUUACCGAAAUGCAGCAGAAUAUAACGCUUCAUCCAAUCGAAGAAGUAAACGUUCCGGAAGGUCCCGACAUUCAAACCCAGCCUCAGAGAAUCUUGAUGGGCAUCAUGGGUAACAUUAAAAUCCAGAAUGAAAUACAGCCACUGAUAAUCGAUAGUACAAAACUCGUGGAGUUACAUAAUGCGGGGCUCGUCAAUCUGCCGUCAGUAAUACAAACUACCAACGGUGAAGAGAUCAAAUUGAAAUCAGAGGUUUCCACAUUCAAUAUCUCCCAGUGUGAAGAGAACUUGGAGAAGCACGAAUCUAGCGCUAGUAACACAUUCCAAGAAUCAACGGUGGUUUAUUCAAGUAUUGGACACACUGCUACCACUUUUACGUCUAGUGAAAACUUUACUUUUCAGAACUACCACUAAUGUUAGUUAAUUGUAGGUUUAUACUUUUUUUAUUUUACCUGUUCUGUGGGAUUCGAUUCGGUUAUUGUAUAAACGUAAGGAAAAGGCCUUUUUAAGAAACAUGCGUUAUGUGUAAAUAACAGAGAUUAUGCACAAGGAAAAUUCCUUGUACAUAUUUGUAAGUCGGUUCCAGUUUGGUAUCCUGUCUUUUUGUUACUUUAUUCAUUUUCAUAAACGUACUUUACUACACAAAAUUUGUUAUAACUACAAUGUAAUUUUUUAGAAUAGUUUUGAAUUGAACAAUGGAAUAAAAUUCAAUUUACUUAAUGUAGGAUUAAGUAGGUACUAUAAUAUUCACCAAUUAAGCAGGAGUUGUACAUAAUUUUAAUUUGUAAGGAGAAAAAGUAAUCAAACCUGUAUAUCUGCUAUUUUUAAUAAAACUAUUUCU